GCUGUCAGCUGUCACGCACGACGUCGUAACUGUUUUUGUUGUUGUUGUUGCUGUCGCGGGCACUCUUUUUCGUUGUCGGCACUUUUUUUUUGCUGCGGAACCGGUCACGGUUGUUUGUCCACUCGAACCACUCGACGAUGGAUUCCGGCUUCGCUGUGCUUCCAGAGUAGGAUCGAUUAGUGCGCGGUUUGCGCGAACCGACGACCACGACGACUUCAGGGAUUUUAACAAAGACUGAUUGGACACGGGACGGGAUGUCGGACCACGGAUGUGCCCACUUCGGGGCGUUCGUGAAGGAGUACGGGCUGGAGCCGUUCAGCGUGGUGCACGCGUACUUUAGCGUGUGCAUCAACAAGGACGCUCGCCGGCGGAAGGCCCUGUCCUGUUUGUGCUUCAAGUGUGGCGGUUCCGGGCCGCAGCUGUACUCGUGUCUGCACUGUAUCUACUUUGGCUGCAAGGGGGCGCACAUCGGGGAGCACUGCAAGCAAACGAAGCACUACAUCGUGCUGGAACUGAGCUACGGAAUGAUUUACUGCCACCAGUGUAAGGACUUUAUCUACGACGCCGAGUGCCAGGCCAUCGCCGAGAAGCACAUCAAGAAGGAAGCGAAAAGUCUCAACAAGAGUCUCUCGUGGCGGCCCUGGUCGCCGUCCAAGCUGGAGAUUGACUUGCUCCUGAAGAACCCGAAGCGACGGCACGUGACGGCCGUGACCAGCAUCGGCCUUCGUGGGCUGCUCAACCUCGGCUCGACCUGUUUCAUGAACUGCAUCGUCCAAGCGUUGAUCCACACGCCCCUGCUGCGAGACUACUUCCUAUCGGAACGGCACGAGUGCACCGCCAAGACCGCUGCCAAAUGUCUCGUCUGUGAAGUGUCCCGUCUCUUCCAGGAGUUUUACUCCGGCGCCCGUGGCCCACUCUCCCUGCACCGUCUGCUGCAUUUAAUCUGGAACCACGCGCGACACCUCGCCGGCUACGAACAGCAGGACGCGCACGAGUUUUUCAUCGCCACGCUGGACGUGCUCCACCGGCACUGCAAAAUCUCGAUGACCGAAAUGGCAGCGGCCGCCGCCGCAGCCGCAGAAAAGUCGAACAAACCUCACCAACCACCUCCGCCACCGCCCCACCAGGACAGCAACCCGACCCAGUGCAACUGCAUCAUCGACCAGAUCUUCACCGGUGGCCUCCAAAGUGACGUGGUCUGUCAGGCCUGCAACGGCGUCUCCACCACUAUCGAUCCCUUCUGGGACAUUUCGCUCGACCUUGGGGAGGCCCAGAACCAGGGCUACGGAGGGCCGCCCAAGUCGCUCAUCGACUGCCUCGAGCGGUUCACGCGGGCCGAACAUCUCGGCUCGAGCGCCAAAAUCAAGUGUUCCACCUGCAAGAGCUACCAGGAAUCGACGAAGCAGCUGUCGAUGCGCACCCUGCCGAUCGUGGCCAGCUUCCACUUGAAGCGGUUCGAACACUCUAGUCUGAUUGACAAGAAGAUCUCCACCUUCAUCUCAUUCCCGGCCGAGCUGGACAUGACUCCGUUCAUGUCGAAAAAGAAGUCUGACCAGCCCAACCCUUCCACCUCCUCCACCUCUUCCUCAUCCCACUCUUCAAAGUCUAAAUCCUCCGACCGGAAGCAGCAACAUCAGCAGGCGCAACAAUCCAACGACGAAGCCACGGCGGCGGCGGCGACGGACGCAUCCGGAGACUUUCGGUACUCGCUGUACGCCGUCAUCAACCACGUGGGGACGCUGGACGCGGGCCACUACACGGCGUACGUGCGCCACCAGAAGGACAUUUGGGUCAAGUGCGACGACCACAUCAUUACGACUGCCACGCUCAAGCAGGUGCUGGAUAGUGAGGGCUAUCUACUGUUUUACCACAAAAAGGUUCUGGAGUAUGAGUAGAGGGACGGUGGAAGCGACGCUAGCGACCGUGAAAAACCUGAGCAGGAUGGGCGUUUUAGUGUUAACACAAUCCUGUGCUAAGAUUUGAUUUAAAAUAUACUUCUAAUCCUGAUCUA